CUGACCUGGUUCGACGAUGACGACCCGCCGCCGUAUGCUAUCCUCUCGCAUACCUGGGUAGAAGGUCAGGAAGUCAUGUACCAAGACAUCCUCACCGAUGCAGGCAAAGACAAGUCCGGAUUUGAGAAGCUUCGCUUUUGUAGCCAACAGACAGCGAAGGAUGGCCUGCAGUUCCUCUGGGUCGACACCUGCUGCAUCGACAAAUCUAACGUCAGAGAACUAGACACGGCAAUCAAUUCCAUGUUCAAGUGGUAUAAAGGCGCCUCCAAGUGCUAUGUCUACCUGUCGGAUGUCUCUGUCCCGACCGACUUCACUGACGCCGUGUCCUGUCAAGCGGUAUGGGCAGAUGCUUUCCGAAACUGUCGGUGGUUUACGCGAGGUUUUACCUUGCAAGAGCUCGUGGCUCCUGCUGUCGUGGAAUUCUUUUCGAAAGAGGGCAAGAUUCUUGGCACGAAGUCGUCCUUAGAAGGGGAGAUACACGAAAUCACUAAGAUACCCGUUAGUGCCUUACGAGGACAGGUCCUCGAUGACUUUAGCAUUGAAGAUCGAAUGAGCUGGGGAGCUUCGCGGGCAACUACACUCAAGGAGGAUAAAGUAUAUUGCUUGCUAGGAAUUUGCGGGGUGUUCCUACCGCUCAUAUAUGGAGAAGGAGAAGAAUACGCGACAAAAAGAUUAAUAGACGAGGUUGAGAGGCGACGAGGUCGCCAUACAAAACAAGUUAACAGUACGGAUCCAAAUGCUGUCCGACCAGGCGUGAUACGCCCUUCCUGCGUGAUUCCUUUUCGUCGCGACCCUGAAUUUGUUGAUCGAGGCACGCUACUAGAUGAUAUACAGGAGAAAUGUUCUACUCCAGCAUCCCGGGUAGCGCUGGUAGGUCUCGGAGGUGUGGGCAAAUCACAACUUGCAAUUGAAUUCUGUUAUCGCACCGUCGACCGCUCUCCAGGAACCUGGAUAUUUUGGGUGCAUGCUGGCAACGCAUCGCGGCUUGAGCAAGGUUACCGAGACAUUGCAAACCAGGUCCAACUUGCAGGCCGUACAGACCCACAGGCGAAUGUGUUUGAGCUCGUGCGCGACUGGUUGCUCGACGAAAGUCACGGGAAGUGGUUGCUUGUUCUCGACAAUGCCGACGAUUCUGAUGUCAUUGCCUCUGUAUCAGGUUCGCACGGUCAACAACACCUUUCCAGAUACCUACCUCCAAGCAAAUACGGGACCGUCAUUGUGACAAGUCGCUCUAGUCAUGCAGCAUCGCGUCUGGUCGAGGAUCGGGACACACUUCACAUCAAGCCAAUGCGAGACACCGAUGCACAAGUUCUUCUACGGAGAAAGUUAGGAGACGCAGUCGAGUUAGAGGACGUUGUUGAGCUAGCAGCAGCGUUAGAACUCAUGCCACUUGCGCUUGUUCAGGCAGCAGCGUACAUUCAGAAACAAGGGCCUCACUAUUCAAUACGAAAGUACCUCGCAGCAUUUCACAAAAGCGACAGGCGGAAAACGAGCUUGCUGAAUCGAGAAGCUGGACAUCUUCGGAGAGAUAAUGAGGCCAAGAACUCCAUUAUUACAACGUGGCAGAUCUCGUUCGAAACGAUUCGAAGUACAAGACGGUCUGCAGCGGAUCUUCUGUCGCUCAUGAGCUUCUUCGACCGGCAAGGUAUCCCCAAGGCCUUGCUAAGCUAUCGCAGCAUUACGCCCACCAUAUGCGGCAGUGUAGAUGGAAACGUGAUCACACAAGCCCAUGAUAAGCAAGACACUUUCAGUAGACAUUGUGCUAGUGAAGACAGCGGCUCUGAAAACAGUGACGACGACGCAUUCACGGACGAUGUACAGACGCUAAGAGACUACUCCUUCGUCUCCGAGACAAAUGAUCCAGGGUCAUUGGAGAUGCAUCGCUUGGUGCAGUUGGCGACGCAAGAAUGGCUCGAAGGCAGGAAUGAAGCCGAAAGUUGGAAGGACCGAUUCAUCAGCAAUCUGUUUGAUGCGUUCCCACCAGGGGAAUACGAAAAUUGGGAAAAGUGCCAGCGGCUCUAUCCGCAUGCAGUAGCAGCCUCACACAAGAAGCCACAAAGUCUGGAAAGCUGCAAGAAGUGGGCGAGACUACUGUACCAUGCAGCAUGGUAUGCUAGCAGUAAAGGAAAUUUUGUCGAGGUAGAGCCCUUGAUAACAAAGUCGAUGGGAGUCACUAGCAAGUUUCGAAGCCCUGACAGCUUUGAAACACUACAAAGUAUGGCCUUAUUAGGAGGUACGAAGCACGCAAUGGGGCAAUGGGAUGCUGCGGAAAGAUUGAAGCUGCUAGUAGUGAACACCUGCAAGAAGCGGCUCGGAGAAGACGACUCAUUCACGCAAAUGGCUAUGAAUGGUCUUUCGUUAACAUAUCGCAUGCAAGGGCGGUUGAAGGCUGCAGAGGAAUUAUUGGAGCAAGUAGUAGAAAUUAGUAAGAGAAAGGUAGGAGAAGACCAUCGAGACACGCUGACUUUUAUGGGAAAUCUCGCAGGAACAUACAUGGAUCAAGGACGGUGGGAUGUUGCAGAGAAGCUGUUGGUACGAGUAGUGGACGUUCAGAAGAGGAUGCUAGGAGAAGACCACCCGGACACCCUGAGCAGCAUCCAUGGCCUCGCAUCAACAAAUAUGGUUCGAGGACGGUGCGAUGUUGCAGAGAAGCUGUUGGUUCGAGUAGUGGACAUUCAGAAGAGGAAGCUAGGGGAAGACCAUCCAGACACUCUGAACAGCAUCAAUACCCUCGCAUACGCGUGGAAGGAUCAGGGACGCAUUACAGAAGCUAUAGCUCUCAUGCGGAAAUGUGUGCAACUAACGACCCGUCGGUUAGGUCACACGCAUUGCGACACACUCACUUCAACGGAGGCUCUAAGUUCCUGGGAGGAAACUCUAAAUGAUCCAGAUGGAACUUAAAUUUACAAAUCAAUUAGGACUUACUGUAUGUCGAAUCCCAUCAUACUUGCCCAGCCUGCAUCAGAUUUCAUGAUAACGAACAAAACAAGAUGUAAUUAAGUAGC